CGGUACAUCCUCUGAACUUCCACUUCAUCAUUUUCGGGUAUACAUCUACAGGACGCGGCUUCGGAUAGCAAGUUUUGAGAAAAUUGGGCGAUUGGAGAACACGGAUGAAGACUUCGCCUGAAUUGUAUGCCGAUAAGAUGACUGAACAUUUGAGAGGCUCUUGUGAACUUCUUGUAAAUAGUUGUUGUGCAAUCAGCAACGUUACUCCUCCGGAUCUUGUCUUUCCGAUCAAGAAUAAAUGUCAUCUACCAAAGAGGCAAAAGGUGUUAAGUCAGCAAAAUGAUUUGAUGAUUGCAAGUAAUAAUUUCGAAUCAUAAUUAAUAUUCAGUUUAAUUUAUAAAACCCUUUGUCAUUGAAAACAAUCAAUUAAUAGUUACAGUUUGAUUGAGAGAUUGAGGAAGGAUGAAACUUAUCUUUAUAAUUGUUUUUGCUGAUUGAAUCUUCGGAUUUGAUGUUGGUGAUAACUUUAUUGAUUCCGGCAGUGGGUGGUCCAAACUAGUGGUUUCUUCGGAUUACGAUGGGAUGAUGAUUUGGUAGUGGAUGCGGAUUUUGGGUGUUAAUAGUUGUAAUUGGGAUUUUGCAAUCCACAACUCUUCAUUUAUUCGGUUCUUCCUUUCCCGCAGGUUUAACCAUGGAAACUCCAUUUCCGCAGUUGAGUUCGCAACUUAUGAUCUUGAUAAAGAUGGUUGUACAAUUCUUUCUUGUAAGCAUACAAUUCUUUCAUCAUUUACAGAGGUCCUACCGGAGCCAUGAACAUUAUCAUCAUAGUUGAUGAUUGAGGCUUCGGGUUUAGUAUCCUCGGAUGACAGUGGGGUAAUGAUCUGAUGGUGACCGCGGAAACUCCUCACUGUGGAAUUUUACAAACAGCUUGUGUGCAGUCAUCAACUCCUCACUGUUUCGGCUGCUGUACCAAGACUAGAAACCGAGGUUUAUCUUUGAUUUAGUCGUCAUACGCAGGCAGUGCUUCCCAUCAAUUUUUCUUCGAUUCAACACAAGUCAUGCCUUCGGGGUUCACUGCUGUAUGCGGAAGUUUACGAUGGUUGCCGAUUUGAAGAUGAGAUUUUGGUGGUGAUUACUGUUGGAAACUUGGGGUGAACAUUGAAUGAAUUUCUUCGUGACGUCUUCGGUGUAGGGUUCUAUAUUAGUGAUGUCGAAUAGGUGGAGACCGAGGUGGAGAUAAAUUUGAGUUAUUUAGGUGAUCUCGGGCAUUUAUUUGAGGAGAGGGAGAUACGGUUUGAGGGCCUAAGUGGUUGCUGGUGAUUCUUUCUCUGGAAUUUUCCUUUCAUUCUGAUGAUGGGCAGUAGUAAUUUGUUGGUGGGGUUUGGUUGUCUUGAUGAAAUUGUGAAAAUUAUUGGGUAUUUCACGCGGAUGAGAAUUUGAAGAAAACUGAGGCUUCGGAUGGAAAGGUUAUGCUAGAUACAAUAGGCCCUGAAUUGCAAGUUCUUAAUAAAAGUGAAAAAUCGAUUGCACUGAAGGCUGAAUCAUCGGUUGUUUUGACUCCGGAUCAAGAUAAAGAAGCAACUUCAGAUGUAUUGCCAAUCAAUUAUGAUGGAUUAGCAAAGGCAGUAAAGAAAGGAGACACCAUCUUUCUAGGUCAAUACCUGUUCACAGGAAGUGAAACUACAUCAGUUUGGCUUGAGAUAUGUACUUUACCUGGAAGUGGUGCAGCAGAUAUGUACUCGAAUUGUAAGCAGCGGAUAUAUACUCGAAUUUGUAAGCAGUGCGACAGAUAUGUACUCAGAUUUGUAAGCAGUGCGACAUAUAUGUACUCAAAUUUAUUAGCAUAUAUGUACUCGAAUUUGUGAGCAGUGUGCCAGAUAUGUACUCAAAUUUGU